AUGGUUGGGAUUAUUCCAAGAUGCGUGGAUUAUAUCUCAAAUGUUGCACUAGAAGGAUUUCAGUUUGGUCACCUCGAAAUGCAUGGGGUUAAACUGGGUUACCUACGAAUCAAUGGGAAGCAAAUGUUCGCCCUGUCUCAGGUCCUGGCGGAUCUGUUCAAGGACGUUCCCCGGACCACGAUUCGCAAACGAAUGGAACACCUGAAGAUUAAAAGGCGCCGCUGCGACUUGCGGGAACUGCGGACCCUCAAAGCCAUGAACUCGGUGCCCACGCGAGCGGUCAAGUGCUCCCUCAUUUCCAAAGAGGACCUGGAGGCUUUGUACACGGUUUACAGGACGCCAGACCCCAGCAAGAAGAAACUCCAGGUAAAGGUGAGGGAAGAGGGGCCUCUCUCCAGCCCGAGGGGACAGGAUUACUGCUCCGGUUUCUGUAGGGAGAGGACAGUGCUGCUGCGUACGGGCGACCCUGCCGUGCGUUGCGAAGCGAGAUGCCAAACUCCGGGCGAAUUAACUGGAAACCCCGGCACCCCCGAGCGGCUCGGCUACCGCCCGGCGACUGAUCCAGCCGGCAAAGGUUUCCCAAACUAUGAAAAUGUGGGGAAAUCCGGUUUCUGCCCCGUGUACCGGCAGCAAGAGCUGUUUUACCAGGACCUGGUCUGCUGCUUCCCCAGAGCCGAUCAACCCGCCAUUGCUGUCCAGUUCAAUGGAGCCGGUGGCCCCGUUCACUUCAGGGCGAAAUAUUCCUGCUGUAACCACAAUAAAAAUGUGGGAAGUGGAUUUAUCAGCAACUAUAAUUCAUCCCUAACACCCUCGGCCUUCAAGUCUGUUAAAAGGAUGGUCCUAUCCGGAGAUAUAAAGGCUUUGAAUGAAACUCGUUUGGCACAGACCAGUCAGAUCGCCUCUCUGGGCUGUUCCAGCGACUCGGACUGCAGCCUGGCUCCGGAGAACAACUCCGACUUCGGCUCAACUGAUGAAGAGGAAGAUGAGGAGGGAGAGUCGGCAUUUUCCGGCUCCAGCAGCGAAGACGAAAGCUCGUCCGCCUCCGACUCCAGCUCGGCGUUCAGCGGGGUCUCGCUGCACAGCACCCGCUUCAGGCGAGCCACUUUACCCAGUCUCUGCUGCAAGAGCCCGGCCGUUCCCGCCGCGACCGGGCCGCAGGAUCGAGCCGACCCCCCCGCGGGUGUGGGGGGGGAUCGCCAGUCACCUUACGCCGGAGGUAAGCCGCAGUCGCGCCCGUUCUUCCGCCAGCUGGAGCAGGGCGCCUCGACUGCUUCCGAUUGCGCCCAGUACAAUGGGACAGCCGACACCAAGCCCAGUGUGGGCUCCUUAGCCUGGGAGAUACCGUCAGGCGCAGCGGAAAAUCGCAGCCAGCCGCCGCAGCUGACCCGCAACAACUUUGCAAAGCACGGGGCCUCUCCAGACUGCCUGAAAGGCAACUCGAAAUCUUCACAACAAAGGGAUUCAUUACAUUUAACUGCGCGGACCGGGUCAUCUGCUGCCCUCUGCCUCGACAAGAACUAUUUGAAAUUCGACGGGACGGACAAAGCACCUUCAUUAGAUCUCAAUGUCCAACUAGAGGGGAAGAUUAAACAACCUUUAAAAGGCUCGGGCUCCAGCGAGCUCUCGCCAGUCACCAGCAGAACCCGUCAUCAUCUGAGGGCCCAGCAACGUGUCCCAAGUGUCCUGAACCCCAUCUACAAAUCCGGCUUCCGGGCCUUCGGGGGCAAAGAGGAGCCGGGGAAACACGAUCACUCGAGGGAUCGGCGGAGAGCGAGGCUGGGCUCGGGGAUCCAUUUGCAUGAGAACAGGGGAGUGAUACAAUCAGUGAGGGAGCUUCCUGACUCCAUCCAUCAGGUCAAACAUUCUACCUCGAAAGGAAUACAAAACCACAGCACUUUACAAAGCAGGUCUCCUGCUAUUCAUAGGUGGGAUAAUGGUGCAAAAAAGAAACAGGUUCCGUCUUCCCGGCCCGUUCAGCAGGAUAAAGAGCGGAGCUCGAGAAGAUACCCAGGGAAGGUCUCUGACAGGAUCCAGCCAUGGCUGACAGCCACGGGCAAAAGGGCGAAUUUGUUGAAAGACUCCGCCAAGUGCAAACGUGUCACCUGCGGAUUAGUAACGCCGGUUAAGAAAGCUUUCAGCUUAAUGGGCAAUUUCCCUUCACCGCCUUCCCUGAUUGUGGGCGACGAUGGCGACUUGUGUCCCGCUUAUUCCUUCUCCUCCGACCACUCUCGCUCGGUACAGAAAUCUCACCCGGUGUGGGGCUGGCAAAUCGGGGGCAUGGCAAUUCCUCUUCCACCAAGCCAUAAAUUCAGGGGCUUUAGCCUUUAACCGGCUGGCUUGGAGCCAAAUCGUCUAUGGUUAGAAUUCGGCCGAAAAGCCCAUUGUAGAAAUGCCACCGAAAAGCGUCCUAAUCACAGCAUCCCCAGGCAGAAAACACCCAGUUCAGAAAAUACAGUUUACAACAUUGAUUAAAAGUAUACCUUGAUCAUUUCAUCCCAAAUGAACCUCGGUACAAAGCAGUGCCGCAAUUUUACCAAAAAAAAAUGGUCAGAAUGAAUCAGCUACAAAACGGACAUUUAAGAACAUAGAAUGUUAUUAAGAAUAUGUUUCUUUGAAGCCCGGUGUGUUUAAUAGAGAUGAGCAAAGGGAAACAAUCAGAGUCAAAUCCCAGAGUUGUACAAAUCUAUAUGUAGCUUUGCACUAUUUAUUUUCCCACAAACAUGGGAAUGUCACUUAGUGAACUAACAGCCUAUCAGUCUGGCGCAUUUUCAAAUACAUUAGAACCGAAAACUCCAAGUAGACCCUCACAAUCGUCAGAAUGUAACGUGGUGUCCGGAAGGGGUGAAUGAGGUUAUUAUUUUUUCCCCUGUUCUGUCUAGAAUACCGGGAUUUUUUGUUAAAAAGUCAGAUAUCCCAUCACAGCAAUCUCUUUUACUCACCUCAGUUCUCUCAUUGUGUUCAAGAAGCUUUAAAUUCAAAAUGGUCAAAAAUGCUGGUGACAGGAAAAGGAGUAACAGCUGUCAUCUUUUAUAAUGAAUUCUCUCAAUAUUAAUUGUACUGCAGUUGGUCGGUUUGAAGGUUUUACUUCUCUGAAAGUUCAGUUGUAUUGAUAAACUAUUGUCAGAUUUAAUUUACAACACGUUUGAACUGAAGUCUCAGUGAAGA